AUGUCUCGGCCAUCAGGAAGAAAGCAGGAGAACCACAAAAUAAGCAGAGAACUUUUUGUAUUGACAUAUGGGGCUCUGGUAGCCCAGCUGUGCAAGGACUAUGAAAAAGAUGAAGAUGUCAACACCUGUUUAGAUAGCAUGGGAUAUGGGAUUGGUGUAAGGCUGAUUGAUGAUUUUUUAGCUCAUUCAGCCGUGAAAAAGUGCCGCAGUUAUUCUGAAACUGCAGACACGAUUGCACAGGUUGCUUUCAAGAUGUACCUUGGGGUCACUCCCAGUGUGAGCUGCCUCAGUGCCGCAGGAAAUGAAUUCUCCUUAAUCCUGGACAAAAACCCACUAGUGGACUUUGUGGAGGAGCUGCCAGCAGAACGAGCAUCACUUUGCUACAGCAACCUUCUCUGUGGGGUGAUUAGAGGUGCCUUGGAAAUGGUUCACUUAGCAGCAGAAGUCACCUUCCUCCAGGACAGGCUGAAGGGCGAUGCUGUGACAGAAAUAGGAAUUACGUUUUUAAGGAAGGCUGAAGACAGAAAGCACAAAAGAAAUAAAUGAAAAAAGUACUGGAGGGAAUCCUUGCUGGGGGAUGUUUUGCAACUUUCUUUUUUCAAGAAGGCAUGCAAGGUAAAAAUGGCUUCCCUGAUCCAGCUGCACCAGUCAUGCAUUUGAAAGGUGAAGAGUGCUGGGCAACAAAGAGGAGGAGCAGAGCGGUGGGAGAACAAUGUUAAUGACCAUGACACAACAUAAAAGAUGAGAACAGCCUGCCCUUCCUUCUCACAUCACCAUGCCCAGUGGAAGUUUUAUCUCAGUAUCUGUUGCUCGUUGGAUGCAUAAUAUUCAUUUGGACACCAACUGUU